ACCUCACCAGAUAAGGCAGAGGGAGGGGAUGGAGCCGAGCGGCGUGGACAUUGGGCCUUUGGGUGGAGGAGAGGGCCGAACCCCUUCAAGCAUUUCGAAGGAAACGCUCAAAUGCUGUCAUUUACACACUGUUUCGGUGGUCUGGCCGGUGGUUCUCAUGGCAGAGCGAGCUCUGGAAGAGGAUGUGGCACAGGAGAGGAGAGAGAUGGGCAGAAGGAGUGUGCGGACACAGAGAUGGACACAACCAUGCAUGAAACAGGAAACACAUCGAGAGCCAAAGAAGUGGGUAAGGUCUGGACCGACAGCUCCAUCCAGUGCAUGUAAGACCCAAAACUCUCCUGAGAAUGCAGCGAGAGAGAGGAGUCGCGUUCGGAACCUUAGACAAGCCUUCCACAGCCUGCAGGCUGCCUUACCCUCCGUCCCUCCCGACACAAAACUCUCCAAGCUGGACGUCCUGGUACUGGCCACCAACUAUAUCGCCCACCUGACCGAAACCCUGGACCAGGGUGGGAUGUUGGGUGACCAUACCAUCCUGCAAAGAGCAGAGUACCUGCAUCCUGUGAAGAAAUGGCCCAUGCGUUCUCUUCUGUACUGCGGGAACAUAGGAGAGCGACUGACAGGAGCACAGAUCAGUCAGGAGGCAUGUUGUCUGCCUAAGGUGAAAGCAGACUAAUGGACUGAGAAGACAUUUCAGAUACUCAGUCAUUGUUGGAAAACACUGAUGCAUGUUAGAAAUUGAUUUUUGUAAAUAUGAUUUCUUUUUUAGUUAAAUACUAGAUAUUUCCACAUAAUUUUCCUUUUAUUUUGAUUAAACACUAGUAUAUAAUUGUGUUUUUAUAUUAUUCCACAUUUAUACUGUAGCCGGUUGUGAUAGAAAAUAUUGUCUGUGGUAAUAGACAUCAUGACACAGAGACUGUCAAUAGAAUAUUAAGCUGUAUUUUUGAAACAUAAAAUGUGGGUCAAAAACAGAGCAUUCACUUUUUUAAAUACAUUGUAACAUAAAGUGGUCUAUUCAUUUGCAUUCCAGAAAUUCUGUAAUUAAAGCUGCAGUCCGUAACUUUUUUGUGUUCAAAAUUUACGACAUUUAUAAAAUAAGCGUGUACACCAUGAAUCCAUUUUCCAAACCGUGUUUUUGGCUUGUCCUGAAUCACUACGGUACACCUAUAAUAAUGCACUAUAAGUGACUAUUUAGACUGGUUCGGGUAGGUACUAUUUAAAAAAGGUUUAGUAAAAAGAAAGGAUGCUACUUCAAGUGAACAUGCAUGUAAAAAAAAAACUUAACUUUUUUGAUUUAUAUAUAUUAACAUAUGUUGGAUUUUUUACCCUCUUGUAUACAUUCUAGAGUAGAUACUACCUUUUAAUCUAGAAUGUUCCUUUACGUUUUUACCCAUUUAGAGCAUAACUAAAUUAACAGGUCACUUUAUCUCUACCGGCCUUAUCUUGAGUAUUUGGGUUUAAUGUGCCUGUUCUGUACUUGAUAGUAAUAAAAUGAAUGUCUUGAUUAGUGGGAAGGGAGGAUUAUUAUAAGGAACACUUGGCAACCACACAUGAGUGGAGAACCCCCAUGUCCUCUCAAUCAUGGGUAGCUUAGCAGAUCCACACUAAAAACACAGCAUUUUCUUAUUUAUUUAACUUCAAAAAUCCCAAAUCAUUACAAAUUAUAAGAGCUAGUGAAAAACUAAACAGUGGUCUAAGCUACUUCUUAAAUUCUUAAAAUUCAUUUAGGACCACCUUUAAUGCUGUUUAACCCACGCAUGAAUAAUUCAGUCUCAAAUGAGAAAAAACUUCUUCAUGUUUCUUUUUAUUAUAGUACAAGAAUAAAAUGAUUAUUUUAUCAAAAUAAUGUGUUUUGAGAGAUUUCAUUGCAAUUGAAGAUAGUAGAAAAUAUUCCAGAGGUACUUUACCACUUUCAUCAGUCAUGUUAAAUUUGUAUUGUUAUGAAUAAAAAUGCAUGGGGGUGAUGCAUAACAAUUAACCCAAGAUGGAUAAUCAGAUUACUUUUUGCCCCCUAAG